AUGAAGUCACUUUUUUUCUGGCAUGUGAGUCUGUCGCUCUCUGACGCUCUAUUUGUGACCGAUUCUAAAGGCAGCGUCUACUACUUGUCUCUCGGGAAAUGGACUAGUCUUGUUGAUCUUGUAAAGAAAGACUUCAAGGUAGUCCGAAAGGAGUAUCAAGUAGCGCCGGGUAGGGACUCUGAUUCAAAUUCUGACAUCAACAGAGCCAAAGAAUUAAUCAAAGAAGCUCUAGAUAGACCAAGCGAAAUCGAUAAGAUUAGGUCGUCACUUCUGAUUAAGUACAUCUUUGGGACCGCGUCUCAGAGACGGGUUUGGGAUCACCUCGUAGAUGAAAUUCCUGUUGGCAAAACUUCAACCUAUUCUAAAGUUGCAAAAGGUCUAGGAAGAGAUGGGGGUUCCCGUGUUAUCGGGAAUGCGUGUGGAGCCAAUCGUAUUGCCUUGUUCGUACCAUGCCACAGAGUUCUCACAAGCUCUCAAACAAUCACUGGCUAUAGAUAUGGGCCGGCACUCAAAAGGUCGCUUUUGAAUCAAGAAAAAGCUCUUAGUUAG